UGUGUGUGUUUAAAAAAAAAAGAAAGAAAGAAAGAAAGAAAAAAGAGAAGGGUGGGAACCCCACCAGCCAAGUCUGCAGAAAAAAAAAUAAAUGAAGUCUGCCUAUCUCGGGCCGGAGCCCCUCCCCUCGGCCCGCGCCGGAGGACCGUGACACAGGUGCCGCUUCCUCCCUGCUGCUGAGGGUCAGCAGCAGGCCGGCGCGACCCUCGCCACCGCUCCGCUGCCCCCUCGGCCCCCGGUCCGGCCGGCGCCCCGCACCCAUCGGCGAUGAACAGCGUCAAUGGCACGUCGCGGCCCCGCCUCGAACUGGACCCCGGCCCAUUUUUCCCCUCGUUGGGGGCGAACAUCGCCAUCAUUGCAGGCGUGAUCGCCGCUAUAGCCAUCGUCCUGAUCUGCCUCCUCAUCGUCAUGCUACGCUACAUGUACCGGCACAAGGGCACAUACCACACCAAUGAGGCCAAGGGUACAGAGUUUGCUGAAAGCGCGGACGCAGCCCUGCAGGAUGACCCCUCCCUCCAGGACACAGGUGACAACAGCAGAAAGGAGUACUUUAUCUGAGGGGCACCAGGCCUCACCUCCCCCAAUGCCUCCUUCAACUCCAUAAGAGAAGAUACAUCCCACAACCCCAACCUGCUAUCUGCACCACCAGGCAGACCAUGAGAGCACCCACCUCAUCCCAAGAUACGCACUUGGCCUGGGAACACUAGGUGCCAGCCUGGGGAGAGAGAGGGAAGAAGGAGGGACUGAGACGUGAGAGGCCUGUCCCAGGCACCAGGGGAUGCAGUGGCCACCCAGGAGGCCUGCCUUUGCUCUGCCAGAGGAAGAAAGUCUGGGUUCUCCUGGACAGUGCAGUUUGUCAUCAGCAUGGUGUGAAAGUCCUUGCUGGGUGGGUGGGCCUGAGGGCUGGGGAAGCAAGGAAGUGAGUCAUCUGUAAGCUGACUGGGGAUAAUGGCAUCAAAUGUCAGUCCUUGACAUUUGGGGGGAACAGCAGGUGCCAGAGCUAAAAGGCACUUUUGUCUCCCAUUGAUCCAGCUCUAAAUGAUUGGAAAUAAAUUUGAAAUGUAAC